AUGGGAAAGAGCUGCAACAACACAUUUGAUCUCUUCAUGCAUCAGUACGUCGUCAAGUACAAGAACACUAAAGUUUGUUACCUCUGCAAGAACAAAAUAAGCAUGAACCACAUUGAAAAAAUGGAAGACGUUUGCCCCAAAAUGUGGAGGCACUUUCACGGCCUCACCAUGCAACCCCAGUGCCCCUUGCAGAGUUUUGGCCAGGUGCUUCGUGUAAAAGACCUACGGUUUGAAGAACUAGAAAGGUACAGGGACGCCCUGCAGCGCAAGUAG